CUUAUGCUGUUGCGAGUGCCGUAAAACCUCUACUAAAACAAACAUCAAAUUUGUUGUUUCUUUGUUGGUCCCCAGGGGUGAUCAGGUACAUGGGACCCACAGAGUUUGGCGAGGGAACGUGGCUGGGCAUCGAACUACGGAAACCUAAAGGCAAGAACGACGGCAGCGUGCAGGGUAAGCGCUACUUCACGUGCCCCGACAACUGCGGCCUGUUGGUGAAGCCCAGCCGGGUGAGUCUGCGCGGCAUCAACGGAGCCAAGAUCUUAGCGGAGCAGAACGCCUCGCUGGCCGUGGCACAGAACAUCGCACGAGCGACGCGACACAGCGAGGGAGGCCGGCCGCACAGUCGAGAGGGGUCCUUGUCGGAUCGGGGGGACAGUAACGAUAGAUUCUGACCUAGUGAAUGAUGUGAGAACUUUUUCUUUUCUGUGAGUGAGUUUGCUGAUGAUUUGAGUUGAAUGAGAGAAAUGAGUGAUGAACUUUGAUUGCUGAUGUUUGUAUUAAAUCUAUUUUAGGGGGGUGAAUUUGCUGAUGAAUUGAGUCGAAUGAGAGAAAUGAGUGAUGAACUAUGAUUACUGAUGUUUGUUUUGUAACACUUGGAGAAGAAGAAGAAAUAUUUAAUGAGACUCGAUAUUUAGCCUAGGAAUAAAAUGAAUUACAGUGGAGUCCUCUCAAACCAAAAUCUGCGGUACCACCAGAUUUUUUUCGCUUUAGCCGGGUUUUUUGCUUUAGCGAGCAGAGAAAAAUAAUAAAUAAUAAACAGGGAGGCCAAAUCUCUGGUUUUUCCGGCUUUUUCCGUUUUUUUCCUACACU